AUGUUUCAUCAUUACAUUCCAGCUGCCUCUCUUCUUCUUUCGGGUAUUGUCCACUUGUUGCCACUAUCUGGCCUUCUAGGAUCAAGGCAAUUAGAGAAAUUAUAUGGAAUUCCAAUCAAUGAGGAGAAUCUUGAAAUUUUAAUGAGACAUAGAGCUGUACUAUUUGGAUUACUUGGAACUUUUCAUUGUUAUGGAGCAUUUAGACCAGAAUUGUAUGGAUUGGCAUUUGGAUCUGGUAUUGUUAGUGUGGCAUCCUUUAUUUGGUUGAGUAGAUUAUCAAAAAAACAGUCAAUGGUAAAUAGACAGAUUGUAAGAGUUUGUAAUGUUGAUAUUGUUGUGUUGAUGGCAUUGUCUCUUGGAAUGAUUACCUCAAUAUAUUUCAAUGAAUAA